GCGCGGACGCUCACUGCGCCCAUCCACACGUUUCGAUAGUUAAACCCUCCACAGAAUUGUAACUGAUCAAAAAAGUGCCACCAGUCAAAUAAAAACAAAUAUACCGAAUAUUAUAUCUCGUUAAGGCGGGAAAAUUUUUUAAUAGCACAAAUUUCGAAGCAACCGCUUACAUCAUGGUGGCUACCGAGGACGUUAAGAAGACUGUCAGUCAAGAAGAUGGGGACCAGAAUUCACGGGACCCGAUGAACUACGAUCUCCUGCAGGAAGGCGUUGUGAAGACUUCAAAGACCCGCCAAUAUCUAGCGGCCAUGAUAAUUUGUCUGGGUGCGGUUGCUGCCGGUACUGCUCUAGCCUGGACGAGUCCUGUUUUUCCGCAAAUCGUGUCCACCAAUGUGACCACCAACUCCACAACCGGAAACUCCACGACAAAUGCGACUAGUCCGGUUCCCAGUAAUAGUGACAUUCAACUGACCGAAUCGCAAGGAACAUGGGUAAGCUCUCUUUUGGCAGCGGGUGCCCUUUUCGGGGCCCUGCCCUCCGGAUUUAUAGCUGAUACGAUCGGGCGGCGCUAUACCGCCAUGGUCAUGGACGUGCUUAUUUUGGCCUGGCUUUCGAUCAGUUUCGGCCAGACAGCCGGCUGGCUGUAUGUGGGAAGAUUUUUGAUCGGUAUAUCCACUGGCAGCUUUUGCGUGGUGGCCCCCAUGUACAUCUCGGAAAUUGCGGAGACCAGCAUUCGCGGCAGCCUGGGCACUUUGUUCCAGCUGCUCCUCACGAUCGGCAUCCUGUUCGUUUAUGUGGUGGGCGCUGUGGUCUCGUGGACGACCUUGAGCAUGCUCUGCCUUCUUAUACCAAUCCUGCUCCUAAUCGGUCUGUUUUUCCUGCCCGAAACUCCAGUCUACCUGCUUAAAAGGGGCGAUCGCGCCGAGGCCAACCGCUCGCUGAAAUGGCUGUGGGGUAAGUACUGCGACAGCCGCACGGCCAUCCAGACAAUCCAGCACGAUCUGGACAACUCCGGUGCGGACGCCUCCAUCAUGGAUCUGUUCAGCAAUCGGGCCUCCCGCAACGGCCUGGUAAUCUCCGUGCUCCUGAUGGUGUUCCAGCAGUUCUCGGGCAUCAACGCGGUGAUAUUCUACACAAACCAGAUCUUCGAGUCGGCGGGCAGCACCCUGGACCCCAACGUGUGCUCCAUAAUCGUGGGCGUGGUGCAGGUGAUCAUGACCCUGACCUCCUCCCUGCUGAUCGACAAGGCGGGUCGCAAGAUCCUGCUGAUCGCCAGCAGCUCGAUCAUGACCGUCUGCCUGGCCAUGCUGGGUGCCUACUUCACGAUCAAAGCCAACGGAGGAGCCGCCUCCAUCGGCAUGCUGCCCCUGAUCUGCGUGGUGUGCUUCAUCGUCAGCUUCUCGGUGGGCUACGGGCCCAUUCCCUGGCUGAUGAUGGGCGAGCUCUUCCUGCCGGACGUGAAGGGCACCGCCGUCUCCCUGACCGUCAUGAUUAACUGGGUGUGUGUGUUUGUGGUGACCUGGUGCUUCGGCUCGUUGCGGGCCUAUGGAGACGAUGUGCCCUUCUGGUUCUUCAGCGGCUGCAUGGGUGUGGCCACUGUCUACGUGGCCCUUGUCCUGCAGGAGACGAAGGGCAAGAGUGCCAGCCAAAUCCAGAGCUGGCUGAGCGGUCGCUAGGGAAUCCCUUCUGGAUACCGCUUCAGUUAGUCUAGCCAAUUGCCAUUGAACUCGUAGGUGGAUAAGCUGAAAUGCCAAAAAGUAAUGUAGGAGUUUGGAGGGGCUUGAUUUAAUACCUUUGCAAGGAAGAUGAUGCUUCUCCUUAAUUGAUUUUCAUUUCAAAAACAACAACUCACGCCAGAAAAUAAUCAUUAAGCAAAAGUUAUUUUUUUAUUUUCACCUAUAAUUUCAUCGAAAUCUAAGAAAAGCCAUUAUAUGCAUAAUCUUUUGCAAAGGUAUGGAAAAAACCAUUUCGGAUCUAAGGACAAUAAUAUGCAAAAUGUACAACUUAACUUAUUAAUGUUCCACAAUGUUCAUAGUGUUUGAAUUGUCUUCAAUGCUUACGUUUAGUGUAGUUCAACUAGUUCCUAAGUACUCAUGGUCACGCCCCCGUAAUGAUAUAAGAUUCGAUGGAGAUUCAACCUGUUUUGUACUCUCCUUUUUGUAUAAACUUCCUGCUGUACGUGAAUGUACGUUAAGAUGGCAAAGACAUAUACCUUUACAUACACUUACGUAUACUUAUUAUAAUAAAUGUACAUAUAUUUGAUAAUAAACGUAAACUAUACAGAAAUCAAA